AUGCAUAUUUACCCGUUUAACGAAGAAAGGCUUGUAAAAUCCUCGUGGCUAGGCUAUCUCCUUUUUAUCUAUCUAUAUAUCUAUCUAUGGUUCAUUGUGUUUAUCUAUCUAUCUAUCUAUCUAUCUAUCUAUCUAUCUAUCUCUAUAUGGUUAUCUGUCAUUCAUCUAUCUAUCAUCUAUCCAUCUAUGGUUCAUCAUGUAUCUAUCUAUAUAUCUAUCUAUCUAUCUAUCUAUCUAUCUAUGGUUCAUUGUGGUAUCUAUCUAUCUAUCUAUGGUUCAUUGUGUCCAUAUCCAUCUAUCUAUCUAUCUAUCUAUGGUUCAUUGUGUCCAUCUAUCUAUCUAUCUAUCUAUCUAUCUAUCUAUCUAUCUAUCUAUGGUUCAUUGUGUCCAUAUCUAUCUAUCUAUCUAUCUAUCUAUCUAUCUAUCUAUCUAUCUAUCUAUGGUUCAUUGUGUCCAUAUCUAUCUAUCUAUCUAUCUAUCUAUCUAUCUAUCUAUCUAUCUAUCUAUCUAUUACUGUACGAUUAUGGUUUCCAGCCGAUUUUGGGCCAUGCUUCAGUUUGGUAUUUCUAA